AUGGCCAAGGCAUACCUAGUGGCUACGAGCACUUCGAGCAACGGGUGCUGCGGGUUCAUCUACGCCGCCUCUGCGUGGUGGAAGAAGACCUAUAAUGGUCCUCCGCCCCCAGAUAUUCCAAUCUGCCCAACCCAAGACGAGCUCGAAAUCCUCAAGCGAUGGGGGUGCGUGAGCGAGGACGGAACUUGGCAGCCCGAGGAGGUCUGGCACCUCCCCGAUGUCACCCACGGCAAGGAACCUAGACACGAGGAAGAGCUUCCGGACGCACCCGAGAACGAUCGAGCUGGUCAACCAGACCUGCAGGGCGAGGUCGAUAGGUUAAAUGCGGAGAUCCAAUCGAUGAAGAACGCGCAUGCCAAGGAACUCAAGGAUCUCAAGGACCUGCAUGCCGAGAUUGUCAAGACGGCCAAGGUCGACGCGGCGAUUGAGGUCAUUGGCGUUGGCAGCAAUCAGGGGAUCACUGAUCCCGAUCUUCUCGAGGGUCUAGAGGGAAUCCUCACUCCUGGCCAGAUAGAUGGAAGUGAAACCUUCUAG